GGGCAAGUGGCAGAAGUUGCUUCAACCUAAUUGUCUUUCUCUACUCGUACUGUCCUCAAAUGACUUUCUCUCUGUCUCAACUCUCCCCUCCCUCCCUCCCUCCUCUGCUUCUCUCUAGCUCUGCCCAGUCUCUGUCUCCGUCUGUAACUGUAGCCUGUGUUUUUCUCUCCCUCCCACUCCCUGCGACGUAUAGAUACUGCAUUGAUCAGACACACGCGCGCAGACACAUGCACACACACGCACACAACUGAGCCUCCCACUCCUUUCAUCAUUGAUUCGCUCUGCUCUGCUUUCUUUCUCUCUCUCUCUCUCCCCAUUCUCUUUCUCCCCCUCUUCUCUCGCGCUCUCUCUCUCUCUCUCUCUCUUUCUCUCUCUCUAUCUCUCUGUCUCUCUCUCUCUACAGCGGCACUUGUUGAAUUCAACCCUUGGAGAAUAGAGAGAGGGGAGAGAAACAGAGAGAGAUAAUGACAGGGAGGCAGAGGGAGGCUUUGAGACAGCGCUAGAACAGACAGUGAGCAGAGAGAAUGGGGCUUUGGAGGAUAUAGAGGUAAAAGAAGAAGAAGAAGAAGACUGGGUGAAGACAGACAAGGAAAAGUCAGACAGCAGAGAGAAUCAUCUUUGAGACAGUGGGAAUGACACUUUAAGUGAAAAGAGAGAGUCGACCAGACGGAGUACAUCAGAGUGCUCUCCUUCCAUCUCUAACUACUCCUCUUCUGUCCUGGUCCUGACUGCUGCUGCUGGUGUGUUUGUGUGUGCCCAAGGCUCCAUGGUGUGUUUUAACCAGAAGACUGGCUUACACAGGUCAGAACUGUCUGGGAUAACAAUUCUCUCAAUUUUCCCUUCUCGCUUCUCUACCUCCCUGUGGCAUGUCUUUUCAUCUUUCACGCAUUUUCUAUUCACUCCUUUCUUCAUCACUGCAUUUGUCUUCUCCAACGCGUUCUCCAUGCUUUCUUCUUUCCUUCUUACUUUCUUUUUUUUUAAUAGAUGCCUCUCUCAGUGGCGGAGUCUGCAGUGAAUAUCUAAAACCCCAUCUUCCUCUUCCUCUGCGGCCAACAUGUCCCAGCUGCUCCAUGUGGAGAUCCCGAACUUUGGAGCCACAGUUUUGGGCUCCCUGAAUGAGCAGCGCCUGCUGGGACACUACUGCGAUGUAUCCAUCCUGGUCAAAGGUCAGGCUUUCAAAGCCCACCGGGCCGUUUUGGCUGCCAGCAGCCUCUACUUUCGUGACCUCUUCAGCAGCUCCACCAAGACCCAGUUUGAGUUGCCCUCCUCAGUCACACCUGCUUGCUUUGAGCAGAUCCUCACUUUCUGCUAUACAGGGAAACUCACAAUGGCAGCUAGUGAACAGCUGGUGGUCAUGUACACAGCUGGCUACCUCCAAAUUCAGCAUAUAGUUGAAAGAGGCAUGGACCUAAUGUUCAAGGCGAACUCACCUCACUGUGACUCGCAAACAGCAGGGUCUUUAGAGGAAACCGGAUCCGAGCCACAGAGUCCUUGUAAUAAUGGUAACGGACUAGCAGUGGCUGCCCUUUUGGGAACCCCAGGGUGGUCUCCAUCCUUACUCAUGCCGCAACGUAAAAUCAAACUAGAAGGGGACCCGACGCCUCUGACAAUACCCUCGACACAAAGCAAGAUUUCGUCUUCGGAGUUGGGGAGUCGACUGGCGAGGGCUAGUUCGCUGUUUUACUCAACGGCUGGUGGGGCCACCAUCCCUGGUAUGCCUUCCUACCACCUUCACGGGGCCGGUGGAGGUGGAGCAGGAGGAGGAGUUGAAAGGUCCAGCCCUGGAGCAUCCAGCCUGCCAACCACAGACAGUCCUACGUCCUACCAGAAUGAAGAUGAAGAGUUUGAAGAAGAGCCCUAUGAUGGGAUCACAGAGGAUGCCUACAGUCAUCUCUAUGGACGUUCAGCUAACCCCUACGGGAUCCAGGACAAGCCAGAGAUGGCAGCGGUGCCCUUGGCCUUGGAGAACCGCAACUGUGUGCUGAUCCGCAGGGACCUGGUGGCGCUGCCUGCAAGCCUCAUCAGCCAGAUAGGCUACCGCUGCCACCCUAAGCUCUACUCUGAGGGGGACCCUGGGGAGAAGCUGGAAUUGGUAGCUGGUACACAGGUGUUCAUGACUCGAGGCCAGCUGAUGAACUGUCAUCUAUGUGCUGGUAUCAAACACAAAGUCUUGCUCCGCCGUCUGCUAGCCACGUUCUUUGAUAGAAACACUUUAGCCAAUAGCUGUGGGACAGGUAUCCGUUCCUCCACUAGUGACCCCAGUAGGAAACCCCUGGACAGCAGGGUCCUCAACGCUGUCAAACUCUACUGUCAAAAUUUCAACCCUAACUUCAAGGAGAGUGAAAUGAAUGUGAUUGCUGCUGACAUGUGCACAAAUGCAAGGCGUGUCCGUAAACGAUGGUUGCCCAAGAUCAAGUCCAUGCUGCCUGAUGGCAUGGAGGUCUACCGUGCAGGAAUGGGCAUGGGUGCUGCUGUGGGUCUUGGCCUGGCACUGGGUGCCCCUCAAUCAGGGGUACCCCUCCCCUUCGAGCCUGACUUCAAGACCCUAGAGCAAAGGUUGUAUCCAGAUCGCAAGGACCCUCUCAGGACUCACCCACCGCUGACAGAGGGCAGCCCUGGCUCUGGGGCUGCCGGAGCAGAGGCCGAAGGUGAAGGUGAAGGAGUCGUCCAGGAGGAACAGGAAGAAGAUGAGGAUGAAGCUGCGUUAGAAGGUGUAGAUGGAUCACUGGGGGCGCCAACUUUGAUCCCAGGAGCUGAGGCAGGCAAUUGUGGUGACACGCCGCCUGAACAGGAAGUGGAAAGUUUUGGACAAGGUCUGAGAGUGAACGGACAGUGAAUGUCCCUUGGGCUGCCUCUCACAUUGUGAAAUCUGUUUAACACCGCAUUUUCUUUUGCUUGCUCUCUUACUCUAACAUCUCGUCCACCACUCUUCCUUCUCCUCUGUGCUUCCUCAACGGGAACUAUUCAGCACAAAACGCCGCGCUCGUAGGUCUUACCAUACAGGAAUUUGUCACACAUGCAUGCGCACACGUGUGCUUGUGUACACGCUAAUUACUGAUAGUGGAUAUAGAACAGCGAUAGUAGAAGUAGACACAGGCAUGGCAUUCGCAAAAUUGAGAAAAUCAACCCUUUCUGCUCCACCCUUUCUUCAUAUAUUCUGUAUUUACUUAGUCUUUCAGUACCCGCGGCAAUAUUACAAAGGUCUGAUAGCAGAACAAAUGGCUGUAAUGAUUCAUCAUUUCAGUGCAAUACAAAAGCAACAGCUGCUUUGCUGGCAGUUUAUGGAGUGUGGUAUAAUGUUUUGUAAAAUGAUUCCGUUUUCUUGGAAAGCUGCAUCUGAAAAUAACCCAUGUAACCUUGGGAAAAACAGAUGAGAGAAACACAGCUCGCUUAAAGAGCAGCUUAUUUUGCAGUGUUUGACCACUUUACAUCAUAUUGUUGUAUGAUAAAAAUGUAUGCAUAUAUAUAACAAAGAAUGUAUUAUAAUUAAGGAUCAAGUACUGUAUUAGCACCAUUAAACAAAACCAUUAUUUUUUUCUAAAAAAAAAAGCAUGUGUUUUUAUGAUAAAGAGGAGGAAAAGUUGUUUUUUUUCUGCAAAGCCUAAAGACUUCCACACAAUCUAACAAAUAAUCUAUCACAUGGGGUUGUUUUUUCAUGCAUAUUUGCCCGUGACAUAUUGGAUUAGAUUGUCAAUGUGAUGCCUGUGUCUGCUCCAGACCGCCCCCCCCCCUCCCAACCAUACAUGCAGAUACACACAAACACAAGUGCACACAUUUCUCAUCAGACGAUACUAGCCUUUAAUAUCUGCACCAAUGCAUUAAAAAUACACUGUCCAAGUAAAAAAAAAAGAAAAAAGAAAAAAAAAAAGAAGUAACAAUGCUUUUUAACUUUUGAGAAAAAAAAAUCCUUUUAAAUUACAUCAUGCCGUCUUGGAAAUACAGAGAGAGACAUGAACAAGAACACAACAGCUUGCAUGCAUGAAUACUAACAAUGGAUACAGAGAAUUAUUGAAAACGACAACAAAGCCACAACCCUGCAUCUAAAUAAGAAAACAGCUACUGUUGCCUCGACAUAUACCAUUAUUACGCAAAAGGACCUUUUAUCCCACUUCUCACUGGGAUCUGACCUCAGUCUGACACAUGUCAGAACUGACCUGGGUGUGACCCAGGAUUGACUGUGUUUGACACAGUAUUGAUUGGAUUUUUUUUUUUUUUUAACUACGGAGUGUGCUGUCACCACAGGUAGAGAAGUCUGAAUAUAUGGAGUAGUAAGAGGAAGUGCACUACACUGAGUGGCAGAAGGAAACAUGUCAGAGAGAAGCACUGUUUCACCUUGAUGUGGUGGUGUGAUUGGCACCAAGACUACAUAGUCCUGCUUCCAUCCUUUUUGUUUUGUUUAGUUUUUUAGUUUUUUGUUGUUUUUUUUUGCCUGGGGGGUUGGGGGGGUAAAUUAUUAAAUAAAACUUAAGAGCAUAAGAGCAAUUUCUGUUGGCUUAUUGCAUUUGCACGCGAAAAAAAAAGGUUAAAGGGUGGGAAACAAAGAUGUUUGGCAAAAUGUGACUGUACUAAAGAAUUUCCUCCACAACAACCUGAUAAGUUAUUUUUAAUUUGGGGAUUGUGGGUUUGGAAGGAAAAAACUGGAGUGAGGCAGCAAGUCAAACAAGGACUUAAACCUGUAUUUAUCAUACUCAUUUAUGACAUCUGUUUUCCACACACACACACACACACACACACAUAGGGGUCCAAAACAGCCUACUUUUUUGUUGUUUUGUGCAUUGAUUUUAGGAAAUACACUGUUAUGUUUUCUUCUGUUUUCUGGGAUUUCUCGAUCAGUGUCAAAGCACAUUUAAUCAUCAAGUUCAGACCAUCAAAUUUAGAUGAGUGAAUGAACCCCAAAGUUAUUCUAAGCCACAAGUUUUGUUAAAGCGUAGCUAUAUAUGAAGAAAAAACUAAAUUUGUCCGAUUUUUUUUUUUCCUCUGCAGAAAUUGAUGGCAAAAGAAACAAACAGAAACACAGAAUAUGCCCCUGAUAGAUUUAAUCUGUCUGUUUGCCACUUGAAAAGUUUGGCCAGAUUAUUCUUGUGUUUUAUGCAUCUUGUUUCGGACUCUUGCACAAGAAACAUGGGGUUAUAAUUGCACUAGGUAAUAAUAAAGAUGUUUACAGUAUCCUUUUUUUUUUUUUUUUUGGAAGAAAUGUGAUCUGCCAUAGAUAAAACAUGUCCUUGAAAGAAUGGCUGAGAUGAUGAAUGUAAACUGUAGCACUGCUUUGGUGGGGGGGUGGGGGUCCAAAGCUUAACCGAUUAUGGCAAAAUACUUUUUAUAUACCUAACUUUUCCUUCAAUUGUAUGCUCUUAAAAAUGGGCUAUAAUAUAAAAUAAUUUGACUGUGAGGCUGGGUGAUCUUCUAACCUAAAGCUUUUUGUGAUUUUGUGAUUUGUAAACUGAUGUGAAUAGGUCUUCCAGUGUGGUGAACACCAGGGAGCAUUUCCCUAAUGUACAGAAAACUGAGCGAAGUUCAAGUACAGGCUUUCAUUACUCUGUUUAUUCUGUUUUUAUCCCAACAAGCUCCUCAUUUUUUAAAAUAUUUUGGCACUUGUAUGUCUGUAAAAACUCAGAGAUCUUGAACUUUGCUGUAAAGAUAUACUUAAAGUACUUAAAAUUAUUUCUUUAUCAUUAUCAUUCAUUUUUAAUUUAUUAAGCUUCAGUUGAUCUUGUAAAAAAAAUAAUAAAAUAAAGAUAUUAAGUUGUUUAUUACUGGACUUUUUAGAGGAUCACCUGCACUUCUGAUUUUCAGUCUACCCAAAAUGCAUAUGUAUACUAUUUUGGAAAUAAACUAAAUUUUUAUUUUGUUAGAUUACAAAAUAAUUUAAUGAACCUGGCAUCCAAAAAUUAAAACCUGUGUACACUAUUAUUAAACUGUGUAAUAAAUAUAACAUAUACAUUAAUUCUAAUGUUCGCUCUUUGUAUUUUCAUGCACAAUAAGUCUAUGCUUUUCGAUAUGUUAUCAAACACGCAGCAUUGUGCAUGGCCACCACUUUAACUUAGAGAAAUUUGAUAUGAACUAAAACAAAGUGGAAAAUACUAUAGGGUGGGAAAGAUUGAUAAACUCCACUGUAGUGAUAAAGCGGUGUGGAGCAGUGCCUUAGACUGUGACUGUGUGGGUGUGGAUCUUCAGACAUGAAUAACUCAAAGUACCUGAAGGGGUAGAUAGACCGAUUCUUUACUUAAUUUUACUAAAAUUGAUCUCCAAAAACAUUUGCUCAGCAUAACGUAUGUAAUAUUUUAUUCACUCGUUUUCUUAUGUUUGCCAUAAUCUUUUUCUUUUAAGUGUGCACUAGCCCAAUUACAGAUGCAUUCAACAGUCAAUCAGACAGCCCAAAAAAGUACAGAAAUAAUUAAUAAUAAAUCUGUUGUAGUCAAAUCUGUUUUUGAGAGACUUUACUUUGGAAUAGUCCUCACAAAACAAUCACACAUUUUGCUUUUAUUUUCCCUUUGAUGCAUUCACAUUUCAGCUUUUUCACAUUACUGCAAGAUAUGUCUGACUCUCACCUGGCUUGAACAAAAAAACCCACCAACCUUCAUAGGAAAAACUUUUGGCUUCUCUUCUGCUUAGGUUAUUUUUUUCCUUGUGCAGGGUGAUUUUGAACGUGGAUGAUGUUGCACUAUACUGUUAACUGAGAAAUUCUCAGAGAAUGUCAUGGCUAACCCUUUGGAGCUCUAUUGUAGGUGGCUGAAAGAAAAUGUCCUGUAAAAUGUAAUCUUCUGUAUUUUUUUUUUUCAUAUAUCUUUUAGAUUGAAACCAGUGUCUCCUUUAAAGCAAACUCUGUAGUUGAGUUUUUUGUUUUGUUUUUAUUUAGUGCCAGAAUUUUGUCUUUUGCAAUAUCUGCCACUCACCUGAAUUAUCAUUGAAAGUGACUAGAUUAGAGAUAGGAUGGGAUCUUUGCAAAGGAAUUGUUACUUACUUUCGAAAAAUUUACAUAGUGCUCUGUUCAACCUUCAUUACUGUCAAACUAAUGGGCACAGUAGUCUUUGUUCCACUGAGUGGUUUGAAAACAAUACAUUUAUAUGCAAAGAGACACUUGUAUCAUAAAAUGCAUGCCAUUCAGACUCUCACUCUAACCCAAUGAAACCUCUGAUCUUUAUGCACCAUGUAUUUUAUGCUGAAUAACUGUUGUCACUGUUAGCAAACAAAGACUGUGGAGUCUUGCAAUGAUAUGGGUUGUAUUUUUAUCACACACCCUGGCCUUUUAUUGAAUGUUUUAGGUAAAGUUUAACCUAUUAUAAUAAAGACAGCAAAGUAGUGGAAAAAGAGUGGAAUACAUUGACUAACUACCCAGUUGAGUGUGCAUUUGAACCUUCAGCAGACUCCGAAAAAAUGCACUAAAAGUUUGUAUGUGUAUGUAUGUGUCCUUGAACUUAAUGCCAGCACUUUAGACAAACGAAAGAGAAACCGAAAAGGGUGACAGAGGGUAAGGCGAAUGAGGGGAAAACGCAACUUUUAAAGCCAUGUGUUCAGAGCGCUGACAAUCAGAAUAGGGAUGAGACCCAAAGUGCAUUAUGGGAGAUCUGACAUGACUUGCUGUGCUCUUGCUGUUUGCUUUGUCUUUCUCCAGCUUGCUUUGGUCUGUGCUAGCUUACUUUCCAGAGUGGAGGGGACAUAGUGAUGUUAACUCCAGCCUUCUUGGUUAUAAGUGUGUAUCUCUGCAACAAGGACUGACGGAUAUUUGACUGAUACCUUGGUGCUUCGUGAAAAACAGAGCUGUCCCAUGUUGACAUGGACCAUAUCUGUAAUGCUCUGGUAAGCGUGGGCCGAACUUGGUCCUAAGUCUGGGCUUAUUGGUAACCUCUCAAUGGACAACAGUCCAUAUGAAAAAAAAAAAAGAGGAACUUAUCAUGCGUCCCUACACUUUGAUCAUGGUAACGUUCUUCACUAUCAACAGGGCUUGGACCAGGAAAACUGGGAUGGGACAAUUUCAGUGUUGAUACUUGCUUUAUGUUUUAAAUGAAAAAUGUUAAAAUGUUUAUGCGCCUUCUGACUCAAGCAUCAAUAAUAUAUACAACGAAAAUGCAAGUUGCCACUUUUGAUGUUGCAUAAGAAUCUACCUUUCAUUCCCAUCAUGGUAUUUGCCAUCACCAGUUUCAGUUGUGUAGUCCAAGAGUACCUGAUUUCUUUAAAUGCAAUACAGAAAAAUCUGCUUUCUAAUAAAAGUCCUUACUUCACCAUA